AUGAUCGAAUCAGAGAGAAGGAAACCUUUUACUGAUUUACAAAUUAAAAAUCGUUUAUCAAAAUUGCCAGUUUUUGAACAGUUUGAUUUUCUCCGUGGAUCUGAUAUUUUACUGGAAAAAGAAUCGGAGAUCACACUUUAUUUAUAUCGUAAAUUACGAGGAGAUUUAAGUAACCUUUUGGCGGAUAUAAAGAAUGAAAUACUAUAUCCUGAUGUAGAAACAGAUGUUGAGGAAAAACCACUGCCAUUUGAUACAACAACAAAAAUUGGACAAAAAUUAGCAGGAAUAGCGAAAAUAUUCAUUGGAACAUUGAAACGAUCCGAUGAAAUUAGUCAAGCGAUUGAAGAACGUGUUAAACCAAUAACAGAAAGAAAAGAUUUGAGAAAAUCAACAAGAGAAACAAAACCUGCAGUGGCAAAUCAAAGGGUGAGCAGAAUUAAAAAGUCUGGUAAAUUCGCGAAUUUAGUUACAUCGUUAAAAGAUGCGCAACCAAUGCCUGAUGUGGAACCAAGAAAACUUCCUGAAUUACCAGAAUAUGAUCAGGAUAAACAAGCAAGAUCAUAUUUAAAAGAAAAACUAUUUGAUGAUUUAGGUGAAGCAGCUAAAAGAGAACAGGAAAUUCUUAUAGAAAAAAUGAAAUUACAAUCUAUGAGAUUUAAAUCAGAAUCAGCUAGACAACAAGAUAAAAUUACUGAAAAGAUAAGUGAAGCAAAAGAUCGUAAGAAAAUGGUAAAAGAAGGAUCAACAGAUUUGGCAGUUACUCAAUUGUUAGAUAGAAGUCAUCAGCUGGAUGAAAUUUAUGAAAAAGAUCGUGAAGAACAUGAAACAGCAUUUGCUGAACGUUUACAACAACAACAACACCCGAAACCUGAUGAUGCACAGCCUGACAACGAGUCAAAAUUAGCUGGAAUGAAACGUUCCAAAGCGAAACGUCCUUUACCACGUCUUUAG